CUCCAGAAGUUUACGUGUGAGACGCGAAUCAAGACCUUCAAGAAAGACCACCCCGAUGGUGUGCCUGAGAAGAAGAAAUCGAAGACAGAACUAGUCAUUGAUGCUAGCGACCUCACGAAUGAGUAUGAUACUCUACCACCCUUGGAAAAUCUUACAAUCCAUUGUGAUGAGUCCAUACCUCUUGAAGUCGUAGGACAUGUGACUUCCGUUGUGGAUUGCUUGGUUGUCAUCCAGUCGGAAACUGGCGUUGCGCUUGACUUUGAUUCCGUCUUAUUUGAUAAGGAUCGCAACUCCAUCGGCGUUGUUUUCGAUCUGUUUGGCCCAGUGAGAAGCCCAUUCUAUUCAGUGAGAUAUAAUACGAAAGAAGAGGCUGCAAAGAUGGAGGUUGGUAUGAAGGUAUUCUACGCCCCUAAAGCAGAGCAGUACACUAAGACGGUUAUUGAAACGCAGUUGAACGAGCAAACGCCUACGGACGAAGUCUCCUCAGAGGAUGAUGCAGUAUUCAGUGAUGAUGAAAAAGAGAGGCAGUACCAAGCACAAAAAGCUGCCAAAACAAGCACGGCUAAUGCCGUUAGAGGAAAUCGCUCACGUGGAAAAAGAAACCGCGUACAGUUUUCUGAGAGCACAUCUCAACGCGGCGGUGGAGGAAGAGGCGCACAUUAUACUGGAGGUCGCGGUCGCGGUUCAUCUUGGGAUUGGCAUAGCGGAAGAGGCGGAGUUCCAGAGUAA